GUCUAAAUUAUCCUUAUUAAAUUAGCGAGAUAUUAGUUGUAAGAAAAAAAAAUAUCCUUCCAUACUACUACUGCUGUAACACACAAUUAAAUUAUUUUAUCACAACAAUCAAUCAUAGUUGUGUUUCCAACUCAAAGCGAGUCAAAAGCUUUGCUGGUUCUUUCCUUUAUUCUACGCACCCUUUCUGCUUAUCCUACGCUUCAUUCACCCUUUUCGUAGUAUCAAAUCCUUUUAUACUCUCACUAUCCACCUCUUCAUCACAAUCAACACAACAAUUUCGCUCUCUCGUUUCAUUUUCGAAUCAUGAGUUGUUUCGGCUGUUGCGAAGAGGAUGAGUUUCACAAGGCUGCUGAAAGUGGUGGGCCAUAUGUUGUAAAAAACCCAGCAGGGAAUGAUGGAAAUUAUCAUGCUUCUGAUACUGCAAAGCAGGGAGCUCAGACUGUUAAAGUGCAGCCCAUUGAAGUUCCUGAGAUACAGGCAGAUGAACUGAAAGAAGUUACGGAUAACUUUGGACAAGAUUCUCUUAUUGGAGAGGGAUCCUAUGGAAGAGUAUAUUACGGAGUUCUUAAAAGUGGACAGGCUGCGGCAAUCAAGAAGUUAGAUGCCAGUAAACAGCCUGAUGAGGAAUUCUUGGCCCAGGUUUCAAUGGUAUCAAGGCUGAAACAUGAUAACUUUGUCCAAUUGCUUGGAUAUUGCGUUGAUGGAAACUCCCGUAUUCUUGCUUAUGAGUUUGCAUCUAAUGGGUCUCUUCAUGACAUUUUACAUGGCAGAAAAGGAGUUAAAGGAGCUCAGCCUGGUCCAGUUUUGACAUGGGCACAGAGAGUAAAAAUUGCUGUAGGGGCUGCAAGAGGGCUUGAAUACUUGCAUGAGAAGGCUGAUCCCCAUAUUAUCCACCGGGACAUCAAGUCAAGCAAUGUGCUAAUCUUUGACGAUGAUGUUGCAAAAAUUGCAGAUUUUGAUUUGUCAAAUCAGGCUCCAGACAUGGCUGCUCGUCUUCAUUCCACCCGUGUCCUUGGAACCUUUGGUUACCAUGCACCUGAAUAUGCAAUGACCGGACAGUUGAAUGCUAAAAGUGAUGUAUACAGUUUUGGUGUUGUCCUUCUGGAACUUUUGACUGGAAGAAAACCUGUUGAUCAUACACUACCACGAGGACAGCAGAGUCUGGUUACUUGGGCUACACCAAAACUCAGUGAGGAUAAAGUCAGGCAGUGUGUUGAUACAAGACUAGGAGGAGAAUACCCACCAAAAGCUGUUGCCAAGAUGGCUGCUGUUGCUGCAUUGUGUGUGCAAUAUGAAGCUGAUUUCAGACCUAACAUGAGCAUUGUAGUCAAAGCUCUUCAACCUUUGUUGACUGCCCGAGCGGGACCUGCUGGUGAAACAGCUAAUUAAUAUUUCUUUAUCUCUUUCUAUAUCUGUGAGUAUGUUCACUAGUGUGCAUGCAAAAUAUAAGAGACUGCUUCAGAAGCUGGUAUUAAAUUGGUCGAACAAGGCUUUUUGUCCCAAAGGUUACACUGCAUUCAUUUGUUCAUAAUCCAUGAGGUUGUUUGAGGUUUCCUUGCUUCCUCUAUUCUUUUUAAUAUUAUUUUUCAUUCUAUUUA